UGUUCUCCGUUUUCUCCUUCUCUUCCUUCGUCUUCUUCCUCUGCGCUCGUGUUUUAUGAGAGCUUAAAGCUCGAGUCUCUCUCUCUCUCUCUCUCUUCUUUAAUUAACGUUUACACAAUUCCGAUUAUCAAUUUCUCCUGCGCGCUCGUGACUUCUUCUUCCAUAGAAACAAUGAUUCGGCUAAGGGCUUACGCGGGGAUCAGCACCCUCGCAACACUGUCCGUGAUCUAUCACGCUUUCAGCAGCCGUGGUCAGUUCUACCCAGCCACCGUCUAUCUAUCCACAUCCAAGAUCAGUCUAGUGAUCCUUCUCAACAUGGGCCUCGUCCUGAUGCUCGCCUUAUGGAACCUCGUCAAGCUCGUGUUCCUCGGCUCCCUCAGAGAAGCCGAGGUGGAGCGUCUGAACGAGCAGUCCUGGAGAGAGCUCAUGGAGAUUCUCUUCGCCGUCACUAUCUUCCGACAGGACUUCUCCGUUGGGUUUCUCUCUUUGGUCGUGACUCUCCUGCUGAUCAAGGCCUUGCACUGGAUGGCUCAGAAGAGGGUCGAGUAUAUCGAGACGACUCCUUCCGUGACCUUGCUCUCGCACGUUCGCAUUGUUUCUUUCAUGGUGUUUCUCCUGAUCUUGGAUGGUCUCUUUACGUAUACUUCUAUACGGCAGUAUAUUCAGACGCCCAAGGCUUCCAUGUCGGUCUUCUUCACGUUUGAGUAUAUGAUUCUGGCGACUACAACUCUAUCUGUGAUUGUGAAGUAUGCCUUCUAUGUCACAGAUCUGGUCAUGGAAGGUCAAUGGGAAGGAAAGCCUGUAUAUACUUUCUAUUUGGAGCUUGUUCGUGACUUGCUUCACUUGUCCAUGUACCUCUGCUUCUUCCUUAUGAUCUUCAUGAACUAUGGACUUCCGUUGCAUCUAAUAAGGGAGCUCUACGAAACAUUCAGAAACUUCAAGAUCCGUGUGACUGAUUACCUCCGGUAUCGUAAAAUCGCUUCCAAUAUGAACGAUCGGUUUCCUGAUGCAACUCCUGAUGAACUUAGUUCAAAUGAUGCCACCUGUAUUAUAUGCCGUGAAGAAAUGACCUCAGCGAAGAAGUUAGUAUGUGGCCAUCUGUUUCAUGUACACUGUCUUCGGUCGUGGUUGGAACGACAGAACACGUGUCCCACCUGCAGAGCACUGGUUGUACCAACUGAGAAUGCUACAUCAACAGCUUCUGCAGCACACCAAGUAUCCUUGCAGCAGCAGGGAACAGGAACGGGGACUUCAAGUUCAGAUGGCCAGAGUUCUUCGGUUGCUGCAAGUGGUAAUUUGAGCAGGCAUGAGGCUAGGGUUCGAGCUGCUGCUUCUGCAGCGUCCAUAUAUGGGAGAUCCUUUGUUUAUCCAUCUUCUGAAAACACACUUGUCUGGUCUCAAGGCCAUUCGUCGCUUCCUCAAGCAGAGCUAGAAUCUCAGAAGAGAUGUCUCGAGUCCCAAAUUGAGGUAUUACAAAACCAACUACGUCUUCUAAAGGAGCCUGCUGCAACUACUGUAGAUAUUAAAGGAAAGUCGGUUGUGGAAACGGCUGAGUGAACUAUCAAAGAAAAUGUUGCGAGUCAACUUCAGAAUGUGGGAAUGGUUUUGCUAGAAAGGAUUUUUAAAUGUACAUGUUGGUUUGGAACAUAUACGAGGCUCUACAACAGUUCUCUAUAUCAGCUUUUCUUCGAUUAUUUCCUUUCAGUGUCGUAUUCGAUCUCAAGAACCCUUAUUGCAUUUCAACUGCGCAAGUUUCUACUUAAUUCACCAUGAUUACGUUUGUCUUGUUCA